AGAUACAGUUUUAAUAAAAUGUACAUAAGUUUACAAGUGAAACAUUUCUUCAUGAUUACCAGGAACAGUCGAUCCCAAUGGGAGUGCAAAACUUGAGCCCAAGGAUCUGCCAGGCAGCGGGGACGGAGAGGACUGGGGACACAAGUCACUGUAUGUCACUAUGGGUCACUGUGGGGACCACGGAUACCCCCAGCUCCAGCUCCUCGUGGACACAAAACAUUUUCUCCCAGCACCAGACCCAGUGUGUGGGACGCUUCACCUGCUGCAUCCCACACCAGAAUGAACCCCCCGCCUCCCACCCCAUCUCUUUGGAGGCAAAGGAUCAGAAACACUGAUCAACAUUAUGUUUUUAACUUCACAGGGAGCAUUUCUAGGUGUAUGUGAGGGUAUUUACCCACCUACAACAGAAACUAUAGGCUGUGGGUUAUUUCUAGAAACAUUAAUGCAGCUGAUCAGGUUUCAGGAAUGUAUUUCAGAAUUGGAGCAGUAUCAUGACACUACUGUAAAAAUGCUUUGGGGUCUGUCAGUGUGCUCUAAAACAUUGAUUUUAAACCAUGAGGAAUGAAACAAAAACCCACAAAAAUUCAACUCCCCAACACAAGACUCUUUGGUGGAAGCUGACUUAAAGUAACCGAUUACCACUUUGGAGUGAUUGAGUUCAGCAAUUAUGCAGAUAUCGCCCGGUUUUGCUGCUGUGGCAAUGAGGACACUAUCAGGCCAUAUCACCAGUGCUCACACGGGGUCAGGUUCACGGCAGGAGAGGGGACAUGGGGACAGCCUCCAAAGUCCUGCAGCAGCUGGGGAGGACAGUCCCCCUCAGCACUGGCCCAACAUCAAGGCAGUGAGCACAGAGCACACUGCUUGUUUUACUCACACAGAAACUCUGAUUAAUCACUUUGAAUAGAAUGAAUUUUAGUGCAUUCAGUGAGUGAGAACCAAGAGCCAGCCACUCUCCCAUCAGGAAUCCGGCAUUGUCACAGGGACGUGAUAAUGCUCUGGGCACAGGACCCAGGGCAGUGAACACCUUUUACUACAGCAUUAAAAAAGAUAUGAAACCAGUGGUUCUUUUCAGAAAACUGAUUUCUAAACACCCCAUUGAGUCGAAACAUAUUGAGUCUUUUUAAGUCUUACUUCAUUAAGAUCACCGAUUGUGUGGCAAAUAAUUAGCAUGAUUCUACCCCAUUCAUUAAAACAGUGAGCUGCAGAGGUUAUGGAAAUGAAAUUUCCACUUACAAUUCAUCACGCUGAGGCUGCAGCAGUGGUAGUGCAGGAUUGGGAGGAACACAGGCUGGAAAUGAGAAGGGUAUUAGAGUAACAGGCAUUGAGUUUUCUGGCCAUAACCAGAAGUCCCAUUACUUUAUGAGUCACAUGCAGAGAUACAAAUGAGCUGUCUCCACCCUCAGAAGAGUUUUAAAACCGGUGAAGCACUGGAUGUGUCUGGCAGGAUCAUGAGCUCUGGGGCACAGUUACCCCGCUUUUCGUGUAAAGUGCCUGAAGGACAGAAAAGCUGCUGAAAUGCCAGCUGGAAAUUCAGCCUGACCUAGGCUGAGCAGAGCUAAAGUUGAGUCUGCACCCCUCAGUGCACCUUCCCUUUCUCCAAGCAUGAAGGGACAGGCUGAUGCUCCUCCAGCAUCAGCUCUGUGGGACCUGCAUGUGGCAGUGACAGAAGCUUCACUGAAUUAUUUAGAGGCAAUUUUUCAAGUAAAAAUGAAGAGAAAGAAAGAGAACCUGAAUCCAAUGAGCAGAGACAACACCUUGAACCCAUAUGGUUUAUACAGGACACCCAUCCACUUCAGCAAAGCAUCUCCCUGUUUCCACAGGUUCAUCCCAUAGCAUCAAGGCCUGACCUCCCUUCCAGCAGCUUCUGAGCAAAUUCAAGAGCUCGAGUGCAGCUCCUGGGUCAGUGUGGCUGUGAUACAGGCUGGUGUUUGGGCCCUCACAAUCACUGUCCUUGAAUUCACAGUUUCCUGUCACAGUCAUUCUCUGUGUCUCUCACUGAUUCCAUCCAGCAACAACUGACUUGGGGGAACAUAUAUUGAAAACAAAAACCACUUUUCGGCUGUAUAUUUAAACAGAAAACUAAAGAACAAAAACAUAGUAAUAGUGUCAGCUUUGCUGAAGAAACAGCUCAAGGGAAACCCAGAAACUUCUUUACGGUACUUCUGUUUUCACGAGGUGGUGAUGGAGAACAUAAAGCGCUAUAACCACGACUAUGCACCAAUAUUUAUUAACUCCAAGCACAGCCACGCAGGGCAGGAGGGUCCCAGCUCCACGAGCCCCCCCCCAACCUGGUCACUAUUCACCAGCAAUUUAUGGGAGCCAACGUGGCCUCUCUGCCUCUCUGCUUCCAGUGUUCUCCCUCCCCACCCCAAGGCUCCAACACCUCAGUCCAAGCUCUUCCCUCUCCCUUCCAGGCAAUCCCUACACCCACCAGAACACUUGCUCGUCUCUUUCAACUGGAAAUAUUUUGGAGGGAAACUGAUUUAAGGGAAGGGAAAAGUAAAAGAGAGCAGCUUUCUAAGACAUUGGCCCACCAGUUGAGGCCUGAUGAGUUUAACGUCUCAAUAGACUGGCAGCAGUAAAGAUACACAGAAGAAAACAGCCAUCAAGGGCCAUUAAGGGAACAUCAACUCCAAACAACACCCCCGGCAUGGCCGGAGACACCUGGCCAGGGAAAGAGAGAUAAGAAUGAGAACCUAAUUAACACCGGAGAAAAAAGAGAUCUGUAACCAAUAGGAAACCAAAUACUAAGAGCUACGUAAUCUGGAACCCACGAAUAUUGCACGGAUGAUUUUCUAUGGCGUUUUCACUGUAUAUUAAAAACCUAAUAAAAUUUACGUGCCAUAGAAUGAUUUCCUCUGCACUCCCGGGCUGUGUGUGGAUGAGUGAUUUCUGCUACACAUUCUGGCCAGUAACAAAGUAAUGCCUUGAUUCUUUAACACUAAAAAUGUUGUUGGAGGGCUUUCGUCGUUCCCGCAGCUCUGGUGACAGGGGGAGCAGGGGAUGGAUCCGCGGGCACAGCCUGCAGCGCAGCGCCGCGAGGGGGGACCGGGACAGGCACGGGGACCACUCAUACGGAAAGAACUCCAGUGACAGACCGGGAGCUCGCGGCCAGCAGCGGGACACGGAGAACCUGUGGGGGCAGCAGGCAGAGAGGGAGUUCUACUACGAGAGAAGACCACAGUACCGGCAGGGCACCGAGGGCAGCGCCGACCAGAACCCGGAGCUCCGGCAGUCCGAGAGCAAUCCCAAAGGAAAAGCUGCCGUGAACAAGCAGAAGCCAAGCUCCGAGCUGUCCGGGGCGGUGCUGGAGGACACCAACACGUUCCGGGGCGUGCUGAUGAAGGAGAGCGAGUCCCCCGAGGCGCGCAACCCCAGGACUCGCUGGUGCUUGUGCCCCUUCAAGAACGACGAGUUCCCGCCCGUGAUGUUCAUCCACACAGAGACGGAGAGCGUCUACCUGCUGGGCCGGCACCGCCGUCUCGCCGACAUCCCCAUCGCCCACCCGUCCUGCUCCGACCUCCAGGAACGCCUGGGGGAGCACGGCACCGCGGGCCCCAGGGUGAGACCCUACACCAGCGACCGGGGCUCGGGGAACGGCACCUUCCUCACCAGCCAGCGCCUCAAGCCCCAGCGCUACCACCCACUGAAGGAGAAGGAUGUGCUCGAGUUUGGCCUCAGCAGCAGGGAGCGUGUCCUGCUCCACGAACUGUCAGAUAAAUCUGAGGCCAAUGCAAAGGACAAUGAGGAGGAUGAACAAAGGGAGGAAGAGUAUGACAGUUAACGGAUGAGGAAUGAAUUGGUGAAGGGUAGAGGAGAGAAACUUCUUGCAAUUGAAUGGACCCAUAGUACUCUCAGCUUGAUCUUGUUAAAACAAAAAAGGGAUGGGGUAUACCCCCCAUGAAAGACUGCAAAAAAGCCUUAUAUAUACAUCUGAAGUUUUUGAAUCAUAUUCAGAAUUACUCAACCCCAGUCCAACACCAUUUCAGAGUAUUGCAAACUUACCUAGAAAAAAGCUCAAGUAUUUGUUAAGAAUUUCGAAAGUGGAAAAUUGGAAGGCCCCUUUCCAUUAAUAAGCUGGGGAUGAGAAUAGGCUUGUGUUUCUACAGAGUCUGGCCCACGAUGGGUAUGUGCAAGGGUGAUCUAACCAGCCUUGGUUACUCCGACUUCAUCAUCAGCUUGGGAAACUGAAAGGACAAGAUGAAUGGAGCUUGUUCCCUGACUGGUUUGUGGCAUUCAGGCUCUAACUUUAAAUAUUUUUACACAAGAAACAGUGAUUUUGAAUAUGUUAUUUAUAUCAUAACACUAAUACAUUGAGUUUUUAUAAAGGGAUUGAGCUGUAAGAUAAUUAUCUGAUGUUAUUUAUAUCCCUUGUUUGGUUGUAGGUUGUUCAUGUUACCACUGAUUAUUAAUAAAAGUUUAUUUGUAAGAUAUUUUAGGGAAACCCUCCCAGCCAAAGCCUGAACUCUGGCCAAGCUCUAGCCCUGGCUGGUCAGGAAGUUUGCCAUCAGACUCAAGCAUUUUUGCUCUAAAAUUGUCAUCAAGUCCUUUGAGUUGCUGAUUUAGAAGUGGCAACGUGUGUCACUUAGUAAGAGUUACCAUCUAGGGAAAUUCUGUGUCUUCUAGAAGGGUAUAAAAAGUUUGCCUUUUGUAAUAAACGUCUCUGUUUCUCUGCCAGGCUGAGUCCCUGCCUCAGUCAUCACAGCCCUGCUCUUUGGGAACAGGAUAGGAAACACAGGAAGGAUAGGAAACUUCAGAAGGAGAGCAAAUGGAUUUUGUUUAGGUUGAUCCUUAACCAACAGGAAAACAAUAGGCAGAAUUCACUUUGAGUCGAGCUCUCUGCCGGUAUAAACCAGUCUAACAGGGCUGCAGACUCUGCCGAGUCACACCACAUGAGGUACAUCCGGACAGUUAUGGAGCUGCUUACAUCAGAAAUUUCCCCAUAAAGUCUACUUUUAAUACUGUAAAAACAUGUCUCUCCUUCACCAUAAGCAGAUUUCCAGGUCCUACACUUUGGCAUAGACCAGACAGAAAAUGCAUGUGUAAAAGUGAAAGCUCUGCCUGAUUGUUUGCACGACCUUCCAGCAACAGUAGAAGCCUGAUUGCUUUGUUGGGUUCACAGCACAAAGGCACCACGGUCCUUCCCUGCCUCAGACCCCAGUCCCGGAAGCAGCACUGCCACGUGUUCCAGUCCUGGGGGAGCAAAGCUGUGCUGCUGCCCUGGCUCUGCUCUCAGCAGUACUGCCCAGACUGGCCCAGAUAUCACGGCACAGCUCUGGCUCCAUGGGCACAUCACCCACCAGCACACCUGGAGCUGUGACUGCCACUGCUGCAGAGCAGCAGGAAUAUCACUGACAGCAAAAGUCACAAUAACCGUUUAACCUGUGAAAUCAUGUCCUUUCCAGAGCAUUAGCAAGUCCUGCUUGACUCGCUCUGUAAUUAAUAAACUUUUUAAUUCAUCUUGCAGUGCUUUUCUCCACCCAGGACCAGAAAAUAUGGAAUACUGCUGGUUUGAGAAAAGCAUCUAAAAAAAAGAAAAAAAUGGAGGGAACACAGUAAGAGGAGGAAGGUGAGAAGCAACUGGAAAGGAUACAAGGAUCCUGAGAGCCAGGCAUUUGGAUGAACAUAACUUAAAUGGUUCAACUAUAUGUCA